CUACUUGUGUGUGAACACUGAACACCCUACUUGUGUGUGAACACUGAACACCCUACUUUUGGGAGGAUGAAGGAAGCUUCCAGGAAGACGGCCAAGAGUGCCAACGAGUCAACGACCUAUUUACGCAAUAAGCAAUCGUUUUUCUUACAUAGCCGUGGACCGUGGUAGAAUUUUUUAAAAUCUCCUAUAAUAUUGCACAUUUGCAGGUAUUUUUGUAGGAAAACAAAUACUUCAAUUUUUUCAGAAAACACACGCUUACUCUCUGUGAGAAACUCUGGAAAAUACCACUGGUUGUUGAGGGUCUGUUAAUAUAGUACGAAGCUGUAUAACACCAGGUUUCGAUUCUUCCACUAUCAUCAUUUUGUCUUUUUAGUUUAAAUGAUAAGUAGUACAAUUACAAUUAAUUCUGCACUUGUUUUAGUUAGCUAAUUGUUCUCUAAUCAUUAUAGUGAGUAGCCCUUGUGUUCCUGUACUGUUUAUUGCCUUUUCACUUCAUAUAUUUGGGAAGGAAAAUUUGGAGGGGGUUCCAUUUUGCUGAGGGUUGUGGACUUGAAUUGUCUGGUUUCUGUCGAAAUUGUAUUAAAACUUUGUUGAUCCGACCUGACCUGACCCGACCCAACACUACCCUAUCCGUUUAUCAAUUCUAGGUAGAGCUGAUCAAACCAAGUCUACCCAGUGAUCCAACCAAGUCCACCCUGAUGAAGUGGGUCGGAUUCCGUGGAAUGAAAUUUGGUAUGCCCCUGGUUUGAUCCGACCUAUGAACACUUCUAGGCUGAAGGGUUGUUAGAGGAUUCAGUCUUGGAGUAUACAGGGAGGUUUUUUUUUUUUUUUUUUUGACUAAUGUUGUCCUUCACCAUACUUUGUGGAUUGAUGGGUCUGUUGAUUAUUUUGUUUUGGGGGCAUUGCCUUGAUGAAAGAAAAAGAAUUCUGAAGGGUAAAACUGAAUUUAUAAGAGCCAAGCUGCAGGACUUUGGGGAUUGCUAUCAGGUCAAGCCAAGCGAGAAACAAAAGCCAGCAAAUGACCUCAGCCACUGGAUGGAUGAAGUGCAGGAGAUAGUUAAGAAAUCGGAAUGCUUGUUAGGAGGACAACAAGUUGGAGGAUGGUGGAGCUUAGUAACUAGUUUGAAGAUGAGAUGGGGUAUUGACACAUUGGUUGAUGCUUUGGAAGUACUAGACAAGAAGGGUGAUGAUGUGCUCUCUAGGCAUGUCAUGUCGUAUGCACGAGGCCUAUUUCGUGGCAAUUUAUUGCCGGUGGAAGCAGUAGUUGGACAAGUAGCUUCAAAUACUUUGGUGAAGCUAGAGUAUUUACUGCAAAAUGAUAAGGUUGGAAGGAUUGCCAUUCAUGGGGUAGAAGGAGUUGGUAAGACCUUUCUGAUGAAGCACCUGCACAAUAGUGCAGUAAGGUGGGUUGACAGGUUUGAUCAUGUUUUUUGGAUCACUUUCCCGGAUCAGUUUACUAUCAAGAAUGUACAGUCUGCUGUUGCUGCAGCUGUGAACUGUGAUCUCGCCAGUGAUGAUGACUUGAAUGUAAGGGCUAGAAAGCUGUCAGAUAAACUUGCAAGUUUUGUCAGUUUCGCUCUCUUCUUAGAUGGUGUACCAGAGGUUGUUGGAUCAAUUUCAACCGAUCAAAGUUGAGCCCCUUGGAGAGGAAGAAGCUUACGAGUUGUUUGUGCAUAAAGCAUAUCUUGGGAAAGGGUUAGUACCUUAUCUUGAUGAGAAUGAUGACAUUCCUUGCUCAAUUUCUAAUAGAUGUUGUGGGGUACCUCGCAAAAUUGUAAACAUAGCAAAUCGCUUGUGUGGCAUAGAUGAUCUCCAUGAAUGUAGAUUUUUAUUAUAUGAAUUAGGAUGGCUGACUAGCAUUUGAGGUUGUUAAGUGUGACCGUAUAAAUAAAAGGCAUUAUUGUUCAUUCCU